GUAAAGUUCUAUAACUUGAGAGAAGCUCGUAAUUCAUACGUCCACUACUCAUUAGAACAAUUGUCCUUGCUAGUAGCUAAGUUUCUGUGUGAUUAAGAAACGAAACCAUGUAUAAGAUAGCAAGCCCAUCGGAGUAUCUAGUUAUCACCGGUGCCGGAAUCAAAGACAUCAAGAUCGCAAAGAAGUCAUGGGUGCUCCCCGGCCAGUCCUCGGUGGUCAUCGACCUAUCUCCAGUCAACUACACCUUCGAAGUCCAAGCCAUGAGCGCCGAGAAGCUUCCUUUCGUCCUCCCCGCCGUCUUCACCAUCGGUCCACGCGCCGAAGACAUUGAGGCCCUCCAGAAGUACGCCAAGCUCAUUUCCAACCACGACAAGAACUCCAACCAUGUCAAGGAGCUCGUCCAGGGCAUCAUCGAGGGCGAGACACGUGUGCUCGCGGCCUCGAUGACGAUGGAGGAGGUCUUCAAGGGGACUAAAGAGUUCAAGAAGGAGGUUUUCGAGAAGGUUCAGCUGGAGUUGGAUCAGUUCGGGCUUUUGAUAUACAAUGCCAAUGUUAAACAGUUGGUGGACGUUAGGGGACACGAGUAUUUCAGUUACUUGGGGCAGAAGAUUCAGAUGGAGGCGGCCAACCAGGCCAAGGUUGACGUGGCGGAGGCCAAAAUGAAGGGAGAGGUUGGCUCUAAGCUGAGGGAGGGGCAGACAUUGCAAAACGCAGCCAAGAUCAACUCCGAGACGAAGAUCAUUUCGACUCAGAGGCAAGGGGAGGGGAAGAAGGAGGAGAUUAAGGUGAAAACGGAGGUCAAGGUUUAUGAGAAUCAGAGAGAAGCUGAGGUGGCUAAAGCGAAUGCUGAGCUGGCAAUGAAGAAGGCAGGGUGGGCUAAGGAGGCGCAGGUGGCCGAGGUUGAGGCGGAGAAGGCGGUGGCGAUGAAGGAUGCCGAGUUGCAGAAGGAGGUGGAGAGGAUGAAUGCAUUGACUAUGACUGAGAAGCUCAAGGCUGACUUCUUGAGCAAGGCUACUGUCGAAUAUGAAACCAAGGUACAAGAGGCAAAUUGGGGGUUGUACAAGCAACAAAAAGAGGCGGAAGCAAUUCUUUACCAGAGGGAGAAAGAAGCGCAGGCCCAAAAAGCAAUGGCAGAGGCAAAAUUCUAUGCAUGUAAACAAGCAGCUGAUGGAGAAUUCUAUGCCAAGAAGAAAGAGGCUGAGGGACUAAUUGCACUUGGACAAGCCCAGGGUGUGUACCUGCGCACUCUUUUGGACUCAUUGGGAGGCAACUAUGCAGCGUUGAGGGACUUCUUGAUGAUCCAUGGUGGGAUGUUUCAAGAAAUUGCUAAGAUUAAUGCCGAGGCUGUGCGAGGGCUUGCGCCGAAGAUUAGUAUCUGGACUAAUGGCGGGGAGGGCGUGGAUGGUGGUGGCAACAAUGAAAAUGCAGCUAUGAAGGAGGUUGCUGGAGUUUACAAGAUGUUACCACCGUUGUUCAAGACAGUGCAUGAACAAACUGGAGUGCUGCCUCCCAGUUGGAGGGCUACUUUGCCUGAUAAAUCUCCGUCAGGCAGCUCUAGCGACUUGACUCCAACCACAGAGUUCAAAAGACUCAUAAUCUCAACCUUUGUUUUUGUAUUGCUAAACAAUCAAAUACAGAUCGACAUCAUGUGUUUCCCAUGCUGGUACAAAGUGGUCGACGCUUCCGAGUAUCUGGUGAUCACCGGUGCAUGGAUCGAUGACUUGAAGGUGAAAAAGAAGGCAUGGAUCCUCCCCGGCCAGACCUACACAAUCAUCGAACUAUCUCCAGUCAACUACACCUUCGAAGUCCAAGCCAUGAGCGCCGAGAAGCUUCCGUUCAUGCUCCCUGCCGUCUUCACAAUCGGCCCCCGCAUUGACGACAUGGAUUCCGUCAAGAAGUACGCCAAGCUGCUCUCGAACCAUGACAAGAACUCCAACCACGUGAAGGAGCUGGUCCAGGGCGUCAUCGAGGGCGAGACUCGUGUGCUCGCGGCCUCUAUGACGAUGGAGGAGGUGUUCAAGGGCACCAAAGAGUUUAAGAAGGAGGUUUGGGACAAGGUUCAGCUGGAGCUCAACCAGUUCGGGCUUAUAAUUUACAAUGCGAACGUCAAACAGUUGGUGGACGUUCAAGGACAUGAGUAUUUCAGUUACUUGGGGCAGAAGACUCAGAUGGAGGCGGCCAACCAGGCCAAGGUUGACGUGGCGGAGGCCAGGAUGAAGGGGGAGGUUGGCGCUAAGUUGAGGGAGGGGCAGACCCUGCAGAAUGCGGCGAAGAUCAAUGCAGAGACGAAGAUCAUAUCGACUCAGAGGGAAGGAGAGGGGAAGAAGGAGGAGAUUAGGGUGAAGACUGAGGUCAAGGUUUAUGAGAAUCAGAAGGAGGCUGAGGUGGCUCAGGCCAAUGCUGAGCUGGCAAUGAAGAAGGCCGGAUGGGCCAGGGAGGCGCAGGUGGCGGAGGUGGAGUCGACCAAGGCGGUGGCGUUGAGGGAAGCCGAGUUGCAGAAGAAGGUGGAGACGAUGAAUGCCCAGACUACGACCGAAAAGCUCAAGGCUGAUCUCUUGAGCAAGGCCAGCGUUGAGGCUGAAACGAAGGCGCGGGAGGCAGAAUGGAAUCUCUACCAGAAGCAGAAGGCAGCGGAUGCCAUUCUUUACCAAAAGAAGAAAGAGGCUGAGGCUACGGAAACAGCUGCUCAAGCACAGUUGUUUGCUCGUCAAAAGGUUGCUGAUGGAGAAUUCUAUGCAAAGAAGAAAGAGGCCGAGGGACUGGUGGCACUCGGACAAGCCCACGGCGCUUAUCUUCACACUCUUCUGGAGGCAAAUGGAGGCGACUAUGCAGCUGCGAGAGACUACAUGAUGAUCAAUGGUGGGAUGUAUUCGGCGAUUGCAAGGAUUAAUGCUGACGCUGUGAAAGGACUUCAGCCCAAGAUUAGCAUCUGGACUAAUGGGGGAGACGCUGCAGACGGUGGUGCUGGUGCUGGCAAUGGCAAUGCAGCUAUGAAGGAGAUUGCGGGCCUUUAUAAGACACUGCCACCAUUGUUACAGACGGUCCAAGACCAAACUGGAAUGCAGCCUCCCAGUUGGAUGGGAACUUUGUCAGUUGAAGAUUCUCAGCGUAGGAAUUGAAGCUUGGGAAUGUGGUUGAUUAAGAUGGCAUUAGUGGGGAGCUAAUAUUGUCAGCAUUUAGCAUUAAGGUUUUUUUACUUUUUGUUUUAUCUCUGGUCUUUGGUCUAUUUGAAAUUUUUAUCUGUUGGUAACUCAGUAUCAGAUG